GGGGCCUUGGAGAAAAGAAGGGGUUUCUGGGCUAGGAAGUGGGUGAGAAGCUUCCUUGGGAAAAGGAAUUCUGCUGCUGUGUGCCAAAGCAGUUGAAGUCACCCAGGCCUUGGGAGCAGUGGAAGGCGUUGCCAGCACUGCAGAGGGGAAAAGGCCAUUCCCAAGGCCAAGGCUGCUAGCAGAGGAGGGAGAACCAGACGCCUGGUUAAGGCUGCUCCUGCUCCUCCAGGUCUGUCAUGGAGUCAGCAGUCAAGGACAAAACACAGCCCACACUUUCCUCUGGCUCUUACUGCCCAGGGCCUGAGUGGCCAGAGCAAGAGAGGGCAGAGCAGUUGGCCAGAGGUGCAGCACUCAAGUGGGCCUCAGGUAUCUUCUACCGGCCAGAACAACUGGCCCGACUGGGCCAGUACCGGAGCCGUGAGGUGCAGCGUACCUGCUUCCUGGAAGCACGCAUCAAGUCAGUGGUGCAGUCAUACCUGGAAGGUGUGCAAACUGGUAUGUGGCAGCUGUCCCAGGCUCUUGAGGCUGUGCAAGGAGCCCGUGAAGCCUUGAGCCAGACCCAUGGGUUGAUCCAGGACAUGGCUCAGGCCUCAAAGGCCCUAGAGGCCCUGCGGGAGCAGGCUGUCCAGCACAAGCAGCUGCAGGCCCUAUCUCAGUUGCUGCCACGGCUGCAGGCAGUGCCUGCUUCAGUGACCCAAACAAAGAUGCUGAUCGAUGCCCAAAAACUCUUGGAGGCAUACGUGAGCCUGCGGGAGUUGGAGCAGCUGCAAGAGGAGGCAUGGGUAUCCUUGGGGGGCCUGGAGUUGCCAGUCUUCCAGGGGCUGGGUCAUCUGGCUGAGGCAUUGGGCCAUGCUGUGGAGGCAGCUGCAGGGGCUGCAGGACAGCUGGCACGGACAGAUCCAGCCCUGCUGGUGGCUGCUAUUCGGGUAGCAGAGAUGGAGGCUGGGCGUUCAACUCCACCGGGACAGGUCCCCCGAGACUGGCAGCAGCGCUGUCUGCAGGCACUACAAGCAGGUCUGGAGCAGGUCCACUUUGGAACAACUGUGCUGCCUGAGCCAGGGUCCCUAGCAGAGUGGCUGAAGGCUCUGCAGGUGGCCCUGCCUGCUGAGCUGGCCACAGCUGAGGCACUAGUAGCACCUUGCUGCCCGCCACACUACAACGUGGUCCAGCUAUGGUCCCACACCCUGCACAAUGGCCUUCGCCGCAGCCUGCAGCAACUCCUUGAAGGGCCUGAGCUGGGAGCUGCUGAUGCCUUCGCCUUGCUACAUUGGGCGCUGCAUGUGUACCUGGGGCAGGAAAUGAUGGGCGGCUUGGAGUUGGGGCCUGAGGCUGAUGUGUCUCAGCUGGAGCCCCUCUUGACCUUGGGGAACAUUGAAAAGCUGGAGGCAACAUUUGUGAUCAAAGUCCAGGCAAGUGUGGCCCAGUGGCUACAGAAGGCACUGGAUGGGGAGGUAGCUGAGUGGGGCCGGGAGGAGGAGCCCAACACAGAUGCCUCUGGCUUCUACCACUCACCAAUGCCAGCUAUUGUACUGCAGAUGCUGGCUGAGAACAUUCAUCUGACCAGCAUGGUCAGUGAGUCGCUGCAGCACCGGGUGCAUGACAUGGCACUAUCAGAACUGGGCACAUUCCUAAGGAGCUUCGGUGAUGCUCUGAUCCAGUUCUCCCAAGACCACCUCAAUGGGGAAGCCCCAGCCCCUCACUAUGUGUCCUACCUACUGGCUGCCCUCAACCACCAAUCAGCACUGAGCGCCUCCUUGACUGUCCUGCACCUCGACGGAGUGGCUCCCGGGGUCUUGGCUCCGGUGGAAGCAGGGCUGGACGAGUUACAGAAGAGGAUCUGCCGCCUGGUGUUGGAGGCUCUGCAGGUGGAGCUCCGGCCUCUGUUCGCGGCUCUGCCUUCGCGCCAAUGGCUAUCAAGCUCUGAGUUGCUGGACUGUGUGUACAAGCAAACAUCGAACUUCUGCCGUGACUUCAGGCGCGUUCGGCACCCCGCAGUUCAGGUGCUGCUGGCCGAGGCAGAGCGCACCGUGGUGGUGCAGUAUCUACAUGCGCUGAUGCAAGGCCGCCUCGUGUGCCGCAGCGCGGACGAGAGGGCCCAGGCGGCCGAGCGCCUACAGCACGAUGCCACCCAGCUUAAAGAGCUUUUCCUCAGUUUGGGCCUGGAGGAGAGCGCGCAUUGCACGCCGGUGCUACUGGCCGUGAGGGAACUGCUGAACCUCUGUGACCCAACGCUGCUUGGUCUGGAGGUGGCAAGCCUGCAGCAACAGUUUCCCGACGUGAGCGAAGACCACGUCUCGGCCCUCUUGGAUCUCCGCGGGGACGUGUCUCGAGAGCAGCGCCAGGCGGUUCUCAGCUCACUGGAGGCCGGCCCGCCGCCCUCGCCCCUCACGGGCCGCCGCGCACUCUUCAGCCUCGUGCCGGCGCCUACGCCUUCCCUCUCCACCUGCCUCUCAGGGCUCUGCUCCUGACGCCCAGUCCCUGCGGAAUAAAGUCUGUCUCCCCCGC